AGUCGUCCCUCGCUUACGGAGGUCAAAUAGAAGUCUGUUAUUUAAUACACGUUCAGGUUACUAGCCAGGAAAACGUGUUUAAGCGCCCCUCGGGUUGACUGCUGACAGGAUUGUGUCUGUUUCUCACAGCACAGCGAGCUGUUGGUGGACCAAACUUCAGUUCCUGCUUUAGAAAUAAACGGAGGACAGUGUCUGUCAGUGCAGAUCGUAAGGAGAGUCUCUGUUGUACACCCAGCAAUCAUGGUGAAGAAGAAGAGGUUGCGCCUCAUAGCAGAAAUGGCUCGGAAGAUCCGGGCGUACAGGGAGCUGAAGUCCCGGCCGCGGGAGUCCCAGAAGUUCUCCCUGGACUACGACACGAUGAGGCGGCCUCUCACCGGGAAGAUGCUGCCGGUGCUGGCCUGGCCGGACGUCCGCAGGGAGAGCCGCCUCUUCUCCCUGCUGGCGGGGAUGCGGCUGUUCGGAGUGGGCCGCAUGUUCACCCGCAAGUCCUGGCUGGAGGAGCAUGCAGAGCCCAGUUACUGGGAGAUCAGCAGGGUCAAGGUGGACUACACAGCUGAGAACAUGGAUCAUGGCAAAGCAUGGGGGGUGCUCACAUAUAAAGGAAAACAGGAGAGCGAGGUGAAGGAGGUGGAGAAGGUGAUGUACCACGACUGGCGCCUGAUUCCCAGACACAUGGAGCAGAAGUUUAAGGAUUUUGAGCCUCUCCCUGAGCCGCCCUCACGCUCCGUCCCCUACCCUCCCCUGCUCCGUGCCAUGUUGCUGGCCCAGCGCAGUAAAGCAGAAGGCAGCGCAGUGGCAGAAGAGCCAGUUUUGCCCUUAAAGAGGGAUGUGCUGCUCAGCAAAGACUAUUUCCAAAAGCAGGAACAGGAGAGGCAGAGGAAAGAAGGGACAGCUGUGUGAAAAUAAAGUGGUUUACAGCCUCAACUAUCACAUAUCUUUGGUUACUGAUGUCUCUCAAAGUCCUCCUUUAUCUUGGACUCAAAUCAGUUUCAUAUGAAUCUCUCUUUGUGUUUGCGAAUCUAGAUGUGGUAAAUAUUCAAUUUGGGAUUAAACAGCUCCUUUGGGUUUUAUUUGAUAACAUACCUGGAACAAUUGUGGUGCAGCAGUUCAUAGUGGUCUGCAUACAUUUUAAAGUAUUUCAUGUCAUGUUAAAUAUUCUUCACUGGCCACUCACACACUGACAUCAACCCAACAGAGCAUGAUUCUCAGUUGCAAAGACAAAACUGAGGGCAGAAAAGCCCAUAAGCCAGCAGCAAGUGAAGGUCUGGCAAAGCAUCUCCAAAGAGAAAUCUCUCGAUGCAAAUUACUUUCAUCCAAGUAUUAAAAAGUAAGGUUAUAACUAGCAUUAUUUCACUUUUUCCUAAACCUUUUGAGAUCUUAAAAAUUGACUUAAUUUGAUUCAAAUGACAGCAAAAAUGGUAUAAGGCAAAUAUGUUUUUGGAAAAAAAAUUUAUGUUACACAAUUUUAUUGUCAUGUACAGUAGCCCUAUAUAAGAGAAGUGAAAUGUGUUUUAUUGUCAUUUUAAACGUGGAAAAUAAAAGAUAAAAAACGUUAUGUUAUUUUAA